AUGUUUCUUGAUAGCUUCCAAGAAAUCGAUCAAUUCAUGCUACUCCUAUCAAGAAACAGUCUCAUGGAACUCAUCAUUGUUAAUGCAAAUCAACGUUAUGAACUUCCUUCUUGUGUAUUUUCUUGUCUAGAAUUGAGAAGUUUGAAAGUGACAAAAUGUUUCUUCAAUCCACCACGUGAGUUUGAAGGAUUUCUCAAUCUUGAAGAACUUAUUCUAAAGCGUAUUGAUUUUGGGGGUAGAUUGUGUGGAACUAAGAUCAACCUACCACGGCUUAAGACGUUGACCCUGAAUAUGUGUACAAAUGUUUACAAUUUCAACAUUAAGGCUACAAAACUGCAGAAUUUAAUUGUCAUUGCUUGUCCUGAUGCCAUGUUGCUUCAGUUAUUGGACAACCGAUGCCUUUUUCAGGUUUGGAUUGCUUUCGAGAAACCCAUACAAGAUUUUGUAGGAGUUGAAAAAAUGACUUUGGCCAAAAUGUUGAGCAACUUUCCAAGAGUUAUACAGUUCAAUAUCGACAGUCAUUUUCUUAAGUUUUUUAUUGCAGAAAAAAUUCCAAAAUUGCUUCCACAAACAAUUUAUAAUUUAAAGCAAUUGCGGUUGUUCCAUUAUCAACUUGCUGAUUUGCAUCAACUUCACGGUGCUCUUUGUUUGCUUCGGAACUCACCAAAUCUUGAAACGUUGUGUAUAUUCAUGGCAAUGGAGACUCGGGUUGAUGUGGGAGCAGCUUCAAAUCACUUGGAAUCCCCAAACUGCUUGGAUUGUACAUUGGAACAUUUGAAAAUUGUUGAGAUGAGACAUUUAAAAGGAUCAAAAGCGGAACUGCUUUUUAUAAAGCUUCUUCUUGCUCAUUCCCCUUCUCUCCAGAACUUUACCAUUACACCAAGUCAGAAAACUGAUGCUCAAAAAAGAUUUGACAUUGCUAAAGAUGUGAUGCAGUUCCCUCGAGCCUCAACAAAAGCAAAAAUGUUCUACUUGAAUCCCAAGCCAUAA